AUGUCGUACCUUGCUCAGCCCAUUGUCGGUGCGACUGGGGAAGUGGGUCUAGAGCUUCCCCACCGCCCUCCGCGCACCUACAAUCCCUCCGUCUCUGCCGAGCCGCGCGAUCCCUCAGGAGCAACCUCAGAUUGUUUCCCCUCUCUACGCGACCGCGCGUCUCCCGCGGACGUUGUUCCGCCGCUGCCUGGUCAGCUCCACCGCCACGAGUCCGCGCCGUCCGCGCUUUCCGCCUCCGCCUGGGCCGCUCCGCGCGGAUAUCUCCGCCGCGACUCCGCGGACUUGCGCUGGCAGCAACCCCGCUGGUGGAACGCGCUGACUGCGCUGACCGCGCGAAUCCGCUUAUCCGCUUUCGCGCGGGAUUUUGCGGAAGGCGAAGCGGAGGAAUCUGAGCAGGAGUUGGGUGCGGUGAAGAUGGGUGAACCGUGGGACUGGCGGAAGGAAUUCGAGGAGGAGGAGCUAGCUCCGCAGCAAGUCGCGGGGGGAUCCGCGCUGCUGGGGCUCGGGUUAGGCGGACUUACUGGCGCAAGCGGCGGAAGCGGCGGAGCUAGCGGUCCCCCCGGGCGGAGAAAGUCGUCGUGGCGGGACUUGGCGGAGGCUUUGGGGGAGGCGUCGCGGAAGGUGCAGGAGGAGGUGCGGGGGUUCCGCAGCAAGGGGGGCGCGGCAGGGGAUUUCUUCCGCGUGGGCAGCUGGCUCGCGCUCGCGGGGGCGGGCGGCGGAGAGACGGACGAAUGGGUGAAGCGCGUGGGAUGCCAGGCGGCAGUGGUGGCUCUGCUGAAAGCGGCUUUGGAGCUCAUCACUCGCACCGUCAGCGCUGCACCACCUGCUGCUACAGCCGCCGCAGCCCCUGGGACCGCCCCUGCUGCAGCUGCCGUCUCGGACCAGAGGGAGCUGCAGGGGAGGGAGCAGCAGCAAGUGGGGGGGGAGGCGGAUGGGAAGGGGAUGGACGGGUGGUUCUGGGGGAGGGCGUAUCCAGGGGCGUUUGAGGCGCUGCUGACGAUGCUCACUGUGCUGCACCGCUACGCCAUCACUGCCGCCAUCCAGGACGUGCAGCUGUCCGCUAAGGUCUCCGGGCUCGACGACGGGCUACCCCACCCUCCUCAUGCCGCUCUCUCACCCGCCGCCACGUCAGCAUCCCUCGUGCCACGUGGCGCGCAGACAGCUGCCAGCGUGGCACAUGCCAGGCUGGCGGACAGUGACAUGGCGCUGUUCCUGCUGCUCUUCCAGAUCAUCGGCGCCGUGCGCUUCUUUGCUCCCCCCGAGGCUGUUGGCUGCGCUGCAUUCUCCGUGUUGCUGGAGGACCAGGUGGGUGCUGAAGGGUGGAUGGGCAGUAUCGCGUGUACGGUCUACUCCAUUCUCCGCCACACCAUCCUCUACUCGUUUCUCCCUCUGCUCCUCCCCCCGCGCCCCUCCCCCAUCCACACAUUUCUCUCCCUCCAUCUCCCAUGCUUUCAGCUGCGCCAUCUCUUCGACCACCUACUAAGAGCAGCAGACAUAGAUGAUGUCUACCGCCAUGCCGUGCGGGCGGGGCUGCGCGCCGAGUUCCUCUCGCACUUCGGGCAGCGCGCGGGUGGGCACCUGAACUUUCGCGUGCUGCCCGGCGAGCGCCGCUUCUGGGUGCAGCUGGUGGAGCGGCAGCUGCGGGCAGCUUUGGGCGACACGGCUGUUCCUCCAAUUGGAGGGCGCCAGCGAGGCGGACGAGGGGCUGGCAACGCUGCUGACGUGGGUGGUGGGGGGAGGAUACUUGUGAUGGUGGCUAUGGAAUGGCCAGCAGUUUGGGUGGCAAGCAAGACCCUCCCUCCCUUCCCCAUCAUUCCCUGUUUCCCCUACUCCCUCCCCACUCUUCCUCCCUUCCCCAUCAUUCCCUGUUUCCCCUACUCCCUCCCCACUCUUCCUCCCUUCCCCAUUUCCCUGUUUCCCCUUCUCCCUCCCCACUCUUCCUCCCUUCCCCAUCAUUCCCUGUUUCCCCUACUCCCUCCCCACUCUUCCUCCCUUCCCCAUCAUUCCCUGUUUCCCCUACUCCCUCCCCACUCUUCCUCCCUUCCCCAUCAUUCCCUGUUUCCCCUACUCCCUCCCCACUCUUCCUCCCUUCCCCAUCAUUCCCUGUUUCCCCUACUCCCUCCCCACUCUUCCUCCCUUCUCCAUCAUUCCCUGUUUCCCCUACUCCCUCCCCACUCUUCCUCCCUUCCCCAUCAUUCCCUGUUUCCCCUACUCCCUCCCCACUCUUCCUCCCUUCCCCAUCAUUCCCUGUUUCCCCUACUCCCUCCCCACUCUUCCUCCCUUCCCCAUCAUUCCCUGUUUCCCCUACUCCCUCCCCACUCUUCCUCCCUUCCCCAUCAUUCCCUGUUUCCCCUACUCCCUCCCCACUCUUCCUCCCUUCUCCAUCAUUCCCUGUUUCCCCUACUCCCUCCCCACUCUUCCUCCCUUCCCCAUCAUUCCCUGUUUCCCCUACUCCCUCCCCACUCUUCCUCCCUUCUCCAUCAUUCCCUGUUUCCCCUACUCCCUCCCCACUCUUCCUCCCUUCCCCAUCAUUCCCUGUUUCCCCUACUCCCUCCCCACUCUUCCUCCCUUCCCCAUCAUUCCCUGUUUCCCCUACUCCCUCCCCACUCUUCCUCCCUUCCCCAUCAUUCCCUGUUUCCCCUACUCCCUCCCCACUCUUCCUCCCUUCCCCAUCAUUCCCUGUUUCCCCUACUCCCUCCCCACUCUUCCUCCCUUCCCCAUCAUUCCCUGUUUCCCCUACUCCCUCCCCACUCUUCCUCCCUUCCCCAUCAUUCCCUGUUUCCCCUACUCCCUCCCCACUCUUCCUCCCUUCCCCAUCAUUCCCUGUUUCCCCUACUCCCUCCCCACUCUUCCUCCCUUCCCCAUCAUUCCCUGUUUCCCCUACUCCCUCCCCACUCUUCCUCCCUUCCCCAUCAUUCCCUGUUUCCCCUACUCCCUCCCCACUCUUCCUCCCUUCUCCAUCAUUCCCUGUUUCCCUACUCCCUCCCCACUCUUCCUCCCUUCUCCAUCAUUCCCUGUUUCCCCUACUCCCUCCCCACUCUUCCUCCCUUCCCCAUCAUUCCCUGUUUCCCCUACUCCCUCCCCACUCUUCCUCCCUUCCCCAUCAUUCCCUGUUUCCCCUACUCCCUCCCCACUCUUCCUCCCUUCCCCAUCAUUCCCUGUUUCCCCUACUCCCUCCCCACUCUUCCUCCCUUCCCCAUCAUUCCCUGUUUCCCCUACUCCCUCCCCACUCUUCCUCCCUUCCCCAUCAUUCCCUGUUUCCCCUACUCCCUCCCCACUCUUCCUCCCUUCCCCAUCAUUCCCUGUUUCCCCUACUCCCUCCCCACUCUUCCUCCCUUCUCCAUCAUUCCCUGUUUCCCCUACUCCCUCCCCACUCUUCCUCCCUUCUCCAUCAUUCCCUGUUUCCCCUACUCCCUCCCCACUCUUCCUCCCUUCCCCAUCAUUCCCUGUUUCCCCUACUCCCUCCCCACUCUUCCUCCCUUCCCCAUCAUUCCCUGUUUCCCCUACUCCCUCCCCACUCUUCCUCCCUUCCCCAUCAUUCCCUGUUUCCCCUACUCCCUCCCCACUCUUCCUCCCUUCCCCAUCAUUCCCUGUUUCCCCUACUCCCUCCCCACUCUUCCUCCCUUCCCCAUCAUUCCCUGUUUCCCCUACUCCCUCCCCACUCUUCCUCCCUUCCCCAUCAUUCCCUGUUUCCCCUACUCCCUCCCCACUCUUCCUCCCUUCCCCAUCAUUCCCUGUUUCCCCUACUCCCUCCCCACUCUUCCUCCCUUCCCCAUCAUUCCCUGUUUCCCCUACUCCCUCCCCACUCUUCCUCCCUUCCCCAUCAUUCCCUGUUUCCCCUACUCCCUCCCCACUCUUCCUCCCUUCCCCAUCAUUCCCUGUUUCCCCUACUCCCUCCCCACUCUUCCUCCCUUCUCCAUCAUUCCCUGUUUCCCCUACUCCCUCCCCACUCUUCCUCCCUUCCCCAUCAUUCCCUGUUUCCCCUACUCCCUCCCCACUCUUCCUCCCUUCCCCAUCAUUCCCUGUUUCCCCUACUCCCUCCCCACUCUUCCUCCCUUCCCCAUCAUUCCCUGUUUCCCCUACUCCCUCCCCACUCUUCCUCCCUUCCCCAUCAUUCCCUGUUUCCCCUACUCCCUCCCCACUCUUCCUCCCUUCUCCAUCAUUCCCUGUUUCCCCUACUCCCUCCCCACUCUUCCUCCCUUCCCCAUCAUUCCCUGUUUCCCCUACUCCCUCCCCACUCUUCCUCCCUUCUCCAUCAUUCCCUGUUUCCCCUACUCCCUCCCCACUCUUCCUCCCUUCCCCAUCAUUCCCUGUUUCCCCUACUCCCUCCCCACUCUUCCUCCCUUCUCCAUCAUUCCCUGUUUCCCCUACUCCCUCCCCACUCUUCCUCCCUUCCCCAUCAUUCCCUGUUUCCCCUACUCCCUCCCCACUCUUCCUCCCUUCCCCAUCAUUCCCUGUUUCCCCUACUCCCUCCCCACUCUUCCUCCCUUCCCCAUCAUUCCCUGUUUCCCCUACUCCCUCCCCACUCUUCCUCCCUUCCCCAUCAUUCCCUGUUUCCCCUACUCCCUCCCCACUCUUCCUCCCUUCCCCAUCAUUCCCUGUUUCCCCUACUCCCUCCCCACUCUUCCUCCCUUCCCCAUCAUUCCCUGUUUCCCCUACUCCCUCCCCACUCUUCCUCCCUUCCCCAUCAUUCCCUGUUUCCCCUACUCCCUCCCCACUCUUCCUCCCUUCCCCAUCAUUCCCUGUUUCCCCUACUCCCUCCCCACUCUUCCUCCCUUCCCCAUCAUUCCCUGUUUCCCCUACUCCCUCCCCACUCUUCCUCCCUUCCCCAUCAUUCCCUGUUUCCCCUACUCCCUCCCCACUCUUCCUCCCUUCUCCAUCAUUCCCUGUUUCCCCUACUCCCUCCCCACUCUUCCUCCCUUCCCCAUCAUUCCCUGUUUCCCCUACUCCCUCCCCACUCUUCCUCCCUUCCCCAUCAUUCCCUGUUUCCCCUACUCCCUCCCCACUCUUCCUCCCUUCCCCAUCAUUCCCUGUUUCCCCUACUCCCUCCCCACUCUUCCUCCCUUCCCCAUCAUUCCCUGUUUCCCCUACUCCCUCCCCACUCUUCCUCCCUUCUCCAUCAUUCCCUGUUUCCCCUACUCCCUCCCCACUCUUCCUCCCUUCCCCAUCAUUCCCUGUUCCCCUACUCCCUCCCCACUCUUCCUCCCUUCUCCAUCAUUCCCUGUUUCCCCUACUCCCUCCCCACUCUUCCUCCCUUCCCCAUCAUUCCCUGUUUCCCCUACUCCCUCCCCACUCUUCCUCCCUUCUCCAUCAUUCCCUGUUUCCCCUACUCCCUCCCCACUCUUCCUCCCUUCCCCAUCAUUCCCUGUUUCCCCUACUCCCUCCCCACUCUUCCUCCCUUCUCCAUCAUUCCCUGUUUCCCCUACUCCCUCCCCACUCUUCCUCCCUUCCCCAUCAUUCCCUGUUUCCCCUACUCCCUCCCCACUCUUCCUCCCUUCUCCAUCAUUCCCUGUUUCCCCUACUCCCUCCCCACUCUUCCUCCCUUCCCCAUCAUUCCCUGUUUCCCCUACUCCCUCCCCACUCUUCCUCCCUUCCCCAUCAUUCCCUGUUUCCCCUACUCCCUCCCCACUCUUCCUCCCUUCCCCAUCAUUCCCUGUUUCCCCUACUCCCUCCCCACUCUUCCUCCCUUCUCCAUCAUUCCCUGUUUCCCCUACUCCCUCCCCACUCUUCCUCCCUUCCCCAUCAUUCCCUGUUUCCCCUACUCCCUCCCCACUCUUCCUCCCUUCCCCAUCAUUCCCUGUUUCCCCUACUCCCUCCCCACUCUUCCUCCCUUCCCCAUCAUUCCCUGUUUCCCCUACUCCCUCCCCACUCUUCCUCCCUUCCCCAUCAUUCCCUGUUUCCCCUACUCCCUCCCCACUCUUCCUCCCUUCCCCAUCAUUCCCUGGAGCAAUCAUCUUCACCUUCCCCCAGCUGGACAACAUUUCCAAGUACCAGGGGCUCGUGGAGGUUCUAAGGGAAGAGCUGGCCUGGCUGCCGCUGCUCCCCCCUCUCUCUUCCAAGCGCCACCCUGACGUUGACCCCUCCUCCCUCUCGCCGCGCUCGGCGCAGCGGCAGCGGCACCGGCAGCGGCGGAGGCGGCGCAGAGCGGUGCUGGUGGGUAAGGAGGUGUGCGGCAUGUGGGCGAGGGAUUGGGAGCGGCACUCCAGCUGGCUGCUGCAGCAGCCUGAGUCGCGAGCCGCUGCUUUCAUGGCCCAGGGCAUGGUUCUUCUGGGGCUGUGCCUGGAGCCAUCAACCAGGCACCAAGUGGCUGCAGAGGCACCAGGCGUGUUGGUCCCCUCUUCCGACUCCGACUCUUCAGACGAAGUCGGGAGGCGUCUAGAGGGGUCGGGAGCGGUGGAGAUGGGCGAGAUGGAGGAGGUGGAGAGGGAGGCGAGGGAGAGGGAGGAGGCGAGGAGGCGGCUGGAGAAGGAGCUGAGGGGUCUCAAGGUCAUGGAGAGGGAGUUAAAGGCGCUGAACCAGGAUUUCUUAUCAGUGGAUGAGAUUGUGGAGCGACUGAUGAGAGUGGUGGAAGCAGAGACUGCUGGGAAGGCAGCCAAGGGUGCAGAGGACACAGCAGCAGCAAGAGAAAGGGCAGGGGAAAGAGCAGAGGAGGAAGUAAGGGGAGCGAGGACAGGGGGCGAGGGUGAAAGGGCAGAGGGGGGAAGGGGAGACGGGGAAGAAGGGGUUGGAGCAAAGUCGGCAAAGCAACACGUGGCGCAUUCGACAGAAGCAGGUUCAAUGGAAGGGAGAGCGGCAAGGACGGGCAGGGCCAAAGGGAAGGCAGGGGGAACGGGGACGAGUGAGCGACUGGCGUUGGUGCGGGUGGAAUGGGAGAGGCUGGUGCGGGUGAGGGAGGAGAUUCGAGCACUGGAGAGGCGCUUGAAGAUGAAAGCAGCUGUGCAGGAGGAGAGGGUGCGACGGCAACAGGAGGAGGUGGGAGAGAAGGAUGCCAACAGCUCUUGGGCAUUCAGGGAGGAGUUUUUCGACAGGAGUGCGUGGGCAGGUGCGGUAGACGCUGAUGCAGGGGCCGGGUAUGGGGAUGGAGGGUAUGGGGCGGCGCGCAUGGGAGGGUUGGGAGAGGAGGCGAGUAGGCUGCAGCAGCUGAAGGUGCAGCUGAGGGAGCUCGAGGUGAGACUGCUGCAGCGAGGUGCUGACGUUGGUGCUGGCGCUGGUGCUGUUGCUGGUGCUGUUGCUGGUGCUGUUGUGGGGGAAGGGGAGAGGCAGGAGAAGAGUGUUAUUGACCAGUCUCUGGAGCACAUUCGAGAAGGCGGAGCGGAUGCGUGGCGGGGAACGCAGCUUCUGAGCACGGACGUGGCAGUUGCAAUGAAGAUGCUGCAGCGGGCAGCACUCGGGCAGCCACUGACUGACCGAGAAGCGAAAGUUUUGAAGCGCACGCUGACAGACGUGGCGUCGGUGAUCCCCAUCGGCGUGCUCAUGCUCAUCCCGGUGCGUGUGGUCCCUCGUGCUCGUGGAAAUGUGUGA